CACAGAACGGAGAAACUCCCAUGGAUCUUAGCAACAGAACGGUCGUGCAGGUUGUGGUGUUGGCGUUGGUAGCGCAGGUCACGCUCUCUCAGCACUGGUCGUAUGGCUGGCUACCUGGAGGGAAGAGAAGUGUUGGGGAGCUGGAGGCCACCAUCAAGAUGAUGGACACAGGAGGUGUAGUGGCUCUUCCUGAGGAGACAAGUGCACAUGUCUCAGAGAGACUGAGACCAUAUGAUGUAAUAUUGAAGAAAUGGAUGCCCCAUAAAUAAACAACUGAGACCAUUAUUCACAAAAGAAGCGAGAAGACAACAUCAAGCAGACAUACAGCAUCACUAUCAACAUCAAUGAUGGAGCAUUCAACUACAGUUCUGUCCAUAUCCAACAAACAUCACAUUUAGAUUGAUGUUAUUUACUUGAAGUAUAACACUUUAACCUUCUGUAAAAUUGUAAUAAAGAA